AGGAGUUGCUGAAGAUCUAAGUGCCCACCUCAAGGGGCUGUUAAUAGUAGUGCAGAACUAUGGGAUAUUUUUCAGCAGCAGUAGUCAUUGUUCUUCUUAUCUUGGCUGUGCCUUUUUUCUCUCAAAAGUCAAUUGUGUAAUUUUGAGAACACUGCUCCUUAGUUUAGUGUUAAUGGAAGGUGUCAGUCUUCCUUGCACAUCCUUGCAGGAAAUGGGGAUGCUCUGAUUAGGCAAGGAAUGAAAUGUGAUAUGGAAAUCUACUGAACUAUUGGGAGUGAACAAGGAUGGCAAAAUGGGAACAUCAUCAGGGAACUAGAGACAGUGCCAAGCAGAGGACGUGGACUAAGUGGAAAAGCUGUUCCUCUGAGAGACUUGGAGACAGGUCAAGAACCAUCGUUGAAAUCUAUGCUCUGUAAAAUAAGACAUGAGGUGGUUCUCCUAAAUGAUCUCUUAAAUAAAAUGGAAAUGGAAGUUCAACAGCAAGAAAAACUGAAGAAUUUGCUCAAGGAGCUGCAGAAGUCUGCUGAGAGAUAUCGAAAUGAAGCAUGUCACCUCUGUGAAAAUAUUCCUUCCUGUCUGCCUAAACCGACUCAGAGCUGCGUCACUGGGCUAAUGGUGAAAUGUGGAGAACAAACAAAAGUCACAGAACCUGAAUGUGCAAAGAAAUCUCUAAAAGAGCCAAGAUUUAUUAAAGAAGCAGCCUUAAUAACUGCAGAAGAGUUUGAAAGUGUUCCUGCGUACCUGAGAGGUCGUUUAACAUGUGAUCAAAUUAAUGCUGUUGUUCAAGAGGUGAACAAGGCUGUGGUUAGCAAGUACAGGAUCCUGCAUCGACCACUAAAAUCUAUGAAUGCAGCUGUAAGAAACCUCUACCACAGAUUCCUGGAAGAAGAAACUAAGGAUACAAAAGGUGAAUUCUUUAUUGUGGAGACUGAUAUCAAAGAGUUCACCCAGCUGAAAGUGGAUAAGCGCUUUCACAACAUCCUCGAUAUCCUGCGCCACUGCCAGAGAGUGAGAGCAGUCCGUGGCUCACGACUUGUCCGCUAUGUCAUCCGCUAGCAAGCUUCCUGGACUCUGCCUACCCGGGAUACGGAGGGCCAAAGCAUUUUGAGAUGCAGACAUGUCAUGUUGUCUGCAGAGAAACAGCAUGUGUGGGCAUUCUCCUUCAGAUCUUUUUUCUAAAAGGCACUAGUGCAAAGGAAAAAUUGUUCAAAUUAUCUUUUCUAAAUUAGGAUUGGAAAUAUUGAAUGACCUUGAAGUAUUUGAGUUUGUUCUGGAAACUUGAGUGAGAGAAAUUACCAUGUCUUGGUUAAAUUACAAAUUCAAAACAGAUAUGCAACUGACACCUGUGGUUACAGGCAGUUUUAAUCACAUUUUCAGGCCAGCACUCAAAGUCUCUGCAUGUUAAUGUUCCUUUUGUGUUUAUGAGGUGGAGAGUGUAUUUAAAACUGUGUUGUUACUCAAAGGAAGCAUUUGUGUGGGUUUUUUCUUUCCCCCUAAUGCCUCAAACCAAUUUCCAGAUUUCCUUUUCUUAAUCUUUUUCUUCUUGUCCUAAUCGUAUGUUUUGAAGUUUCCUCCAUCACUUGAACAAGAUCUGAGGUAGUUUAAACACUUCCAGACUGAUGUUUGGUAGUUCUGUUAGCCAUAUGGUUUUCAUACUUCAUCACGCAGCCAGACUUCUUGCUCAGUGCUAUCCCAUUAGGAUUCAAACGGAGCAGUGGAUUUUAACUGAAAAUGUCAGCUUUGACUUGGAAAAUACUGAGUAAACUCUUCAGUUGUUAUUGUAGAAGACUGCUUUCAAAGGUCUUAUUAAUGUAGUGAAUUCUAGAGUAGAAUGGUUGUGAUAAACUUCAACUCUGCAAGUAGUCAAAAUUGUUUUGACAAGAAAAGUUGUUUUUUCUUCCUUGAGUGUGUACUGGUUGUUAUACUAACCAGCUCAUCUAAAAUACAUUGUGUUGUGCAUUGUCAGCAAUAAUAUGAAUGAACAAAACAGCAAUAAUAUGAAUGAGCAAAAGACCCUGAAUGAACUUUGAACCUGCUCACUAGAGAGAUUUUGGCAAGUGUUAAAUAAACCUGGAUUCCUGGGUGUGUGGUUUUUUUAAUGUUUUGCUCUGGGAUGUCAAAUCCAAGCUGUGGUCUCUGCUCUGCAUAAUACCAGAAUAUAUUCCAUGUUCAGAUAAACACACAGAAUAAGAGGAAGAAGUCAAAAAUCUGAAUUUUGGUUUCUGUAGCUGUCAGUUCAGUCCAUCUGUUGCUUUCUGCAAAGCUUAUUUUGCAUCAGAUAAGCUAUGGAGACUUGUAUCCAUGGAUCAUCAGAACCUUUUUUUAUUGGUUGGUUUGUUUUUCCCAGCUUCAUAUGCUGUAGGCAAUUUCAUGGUGGACUUGUACAAAGAAUCUCUUGCUCAACCAGUGUGUUACUGUGUGAGAAGGAAGGCGAGCACCCAUGGCCUUCAGCACACCCAAGCACUGAAAGUUGAAGUUUGAGGAAGGACCUGUGCUAAAGUGAGCUGAUAAACAAGCUGCUGACAGAAUGGAGCCUGAGGCAAAGGAGAGUGUGGUCUGCUCUUUGUUGUCAAAAGCUGGGUUUUUUCCUCUCAGCAACCAUUCUGUUUUGUCUACUGUUUUUCAUAGUUAUCCCUUCUUUUCUUCCAAGGAUUUUGUAAGUGCCUUGUAUUCUUUGUACUCUUUAGACUUUCAUACUGAAAAUGCAGAAUUUUAGGCCUUCUAUUUAAUAAAAAGAAAUCUCUUCAUAAA